AGGCCAACAACAUCUAGAUGGGGGAGACAGUGUUAGUUCUGACAGAAGAACGGAGGAGACUCCAAGUGCAGAGACUACUACCCAGGGUGUGGAGCUUAGGAGGUCAUCCACGGUACCCAAAUCGAAUCCCAGAUAUCUUUCAUCACUAGAUUAUUUGCUCUUGAUAGAUGGUGGAGAACCGGAGUGCUAUGAAGAGGCUAUGCAAGUUAGUGAAUCUCAACAGUGGGAGCAGGUGAUGUAAGAAGAGAUGGAUUCUCUCCACUCAAACGAGACAUGGGAGUUAGUUCAGCUACCUACACAAAAGAAAGCCCUACAUAACAAAUGGAUUUACCGGGUCAAGGAUGAGAGUGAUGGUAGAAAGAGGUAUAAGGCCAUAUUAGUUGUGAAAGGGUUCUAACAGCGGGAAGGAGUAGAUUAUACGGAGAUAUUUUCCCUCGUCGUGUAUCUUACAACCAUCAGAAUUGUGUUAAACUUAGUAGUUGCCGAAAAUCUCUACCUUGAGCAGUAGGAUGUGAAGAGUGUCUUUCUUCAUAGUGACUUGGAUGAAGAAAUCUACUGAAGUAACAUGUUGGCUUCAUUGAGAAAGGAAAAGAAAGAGAUGGUGUGUAGGCUCAAAAAGAGCUUAUAUGGUUUGAAACAGGCUCCGAGAUAAUGGUACAAGAAGUCUGACAACUUCAUACAGAGUAAUGGCUAUGGAAGAUGCAAUUCAGAUCAUUGUUGCUACUUUAAGAAGUUCGAGUCUAGCUAUAUCGUGUUAUUAUUGUAUGUUGGUGACACUACAACAAAUUGCACUUUUGGCGACGCUUAUUCCCGACGCAUGGUUGAAUACGUCGCCAAAAAUUAUGUUUUUCCCGACGAUUUUAGUUAGCGUCGGCAAAACAUAUAUUUUUCCUGACGUUUAUAAUUAGCGUCGCUAAAAGUGUAUAUUAUUAGCGACGUUUUAACUUAGCGUCGGUAAAAAUGUAUGGAUUUCCCGAUGUUUUUUUAUUUUCGUCGGCAAAAAUAUAGCUUUUAGCGACGCAAAAUUGUAGCGUCAGUAAAAAUAUAGUUUUUUAGUGACGCAAAGCUGUUGGUCGCUAAAAAUUAUACCGGCGACGCGAGUUAGCGUCGGCAAAGGUCCAAAAUUUUUCCAUUUCCCGCAAUUUAUUUGGUUCGCCGCUCAAAUCCCUAUCUCAAAACCCCAUCUCUCUCAAAUCCUCUCUCCGCUUCUCCCUCUUCCAUUCGCCGCCGCCCUCCCACCUCAGCGACGGACCCCUCCUCCUUCCCAGAUCCGUGCCGCCCGAACCCCCAGCGCCGCCUCCCCACGCCGCCGUCGCCACCUCCAGCCUCAUCACCACCCACCGCCGCUCCUCCUCCCUCCUCUCCGCCGCUGCCACCUCAGCCUCAACCCUCCGCCUCUCUCCUCUUCGCCACCACCCCGCCGUCCAGGUCCCCUUACGCCGUCAGCAACCCCUAAUUUCGCCGGUGAUAAGGCCCAGUUGAGCUUGCAGCUGUUGGUGUGUCUAUUGCAGUAUUCAACCAAGUAUCAAGGAUUGCAAUAUUUCCACUUGUUAGCGUCACAACCUCCUUCGUUGCUGAGGACGAUGCUACUUCAAAAAUGGCUACUGAGCUUGAAAGUGGAGAUUCAGAAAGGUGUCCUUCUGAAAACAGUGAAUUAAAAGAAUUAAUUCCGACGAAUGAUUCCUUUUGGGGGAACUGGCAAAAGUGGAUCCAUCCACUAUGAACAAUGACCAGAAGCUGGCAUUUUGGAUCAAUUUGUAUAAUUCAUUGAUAAUGCAUGCCUACCUAGCAUAUGGAGUUCCAAGAAAUGACAUCAAGUUCUUUGCUCUAAUGCAAAAGGUAUCUUAUACUAUAAGAGGUCAAUCAUUCAGUCCAGCCGACAUUGAAUUUGUCAUUCUAAAGAUGAAACCUCCACCCCAUCAUCCACAAAUAGAAAUAAUCAAAGAACUGAUGGAAAGGCUACCACACAUGAAAGAGCUUAUGGAUAUGUACUGUGGCCCUGAUAGAGUGACUGCAAAGCAACAAAUGCAGGAGUUAGACAGAGUCGCAAAAACUCUACCAGAGAAUAUACCUUCAUCUGUGAAGAGGUUCACUGAUCAUGCCAUUCUUUCACUUCAUGUUUUCUUUAUUUCAACUUAG